CCAGAUCUGGUAGUAUUCAGCAGGCUAGUGAAAUAUGUUGUCAAAGUACGGUAAAGAGUAGAAGAAUACACAAAGAGUGGUCUGAUUACAGUAUGUGUUGGGACAAAUUUGAGAUCUGUCUCCUAAUUAUGAUUAAGUGAAUUCUGAAGACCUAUAAACUGACUGUCAGAUUGAAUAGACACAGAAAAAUAAAUCUCCAGUGUUGAACAGUAUCCUAGAUGCAACAUAACGGAAUGGGGAAUACAUUAAUGGGAAAUGAUAAUGUGCAUGUGAUUAUUACUUAUACUACGCUCUUCUUGGGGUUUAUCUCAGUAUUAUCUCUUCUUGGGGUUUAUUUUCAGUAUUGAUUGGUACAAAUUUGCUGGUUGGAGUAAAAUGAGAUACUAAAAAGGAGCAGAAAUUAUUUGGUUUUUUUUGAGUGGCACUCCAAGUAACUUUUUUUUAAGUAAGGGCUUUUCAUUGUUUUCUGGGAUAGGAUUAAAGAUACAUUGGCAGCUGAAAGCCAUGCUUGACUUAUGCAUUAGCCUGAAGUUGAUCUAGUUUACACAUGGGGCAAAAAAGCAGAAGGAAAUGGAGAAUUAGUUUGCAACAGAAGAAGAAAGCAGAUAAAGUAAAGUAAAAAUGGGAGAGUUUGUAGCUUUAAUUUUUCUAUCACAAAUUCUUAAAACGAGUUGAAUUCCAAUUCCUGUCACACUUGAGUAACAAUGACUAGACCUACAUGUUGCUUUUUUGUUUUAUGUACAAGAUUAGAAUUACCCAUUUUUCAUGAUUUUAUUGCUUUUAAUAUUGUACGCCCCCCAAAAGUCGCCUGGGUGGCAAAUAAUAAAAGAACAAGAAAGCACUACUUGGCCAACUACCCAAACAAAUCGAGAUUCAGCAUCCGUUUCCUGAAACUUAACAUACAGUUCCGACGCUGGGCGAGAAGUAGGGUUUUCCGGAAGGCGCACGCAUAUAAAUUGUCUAUUCAGCCCGAACUAGGUAGAUUUUCGGAUCCUUCCGAAGUAGAAUUUGACUUAGAGGGUUUUGAUUAAAGCCCGCAGGGCUGAGGAACAAAGAUAGCUUUGGAAAAGUUCUGUAAAACCCUUCUCCUUUCCCGAUCAGCUGGGAACCUUGCCCAAAAGACGGGGCUGAUGGGAGAAAGUCGAAGGUCCUGGAAAUCGAAAGUAGAAGCGAGCUUCGACAAGAGAGCACCACGAAUUUUGAAGAUUUAUUGAGCCUGAAAUCUCAUUUUAGGAUUUCCUGUUCCAACCCUGAUAAAUAGGAAGAAGGCUGUGAAGCUUCUUUUGGUCCACAGGAGUCCUUCAUCCACUUGGCUAGUGACAUUUUUGCUGCAGGUGGACCUUGGAAGAUGACAAUGGACCAAAUCUUGAAUGAGAUUAAGAGGUGCCAGGAUAUAUGGAAAACCUUUGAAGGAGAUUGCUUAUCCUUGGAGGCAAACAUAAGGGCAAGUGAGCAGGACCUGGCCAAAUUCAAAGAAGAAUAUGAGCUUCUUAGUCAAAAUCUUCUUGAAGCUGAAAAUGAAGCCAAGGCCCAGGAAGGCUCCUUCCAGAAAAUGCUUCAGUUGGGAAAGAAGGAUUCAACCCAGCUAAUGCAAGAAAAACAGGCAUUGGAAUAUGAAUUGAAACAGCUCCAUGCAGCCCAGGAAGAAAUUCUUAAGAUGCCAGCUGCUCUUCCUAACAAAGAAAUGGUGUUUAAGGGUCAUGUGGAAAAGGAAAAGAUGGACAGCUUUCCAGAAAUGCUGACUUUUGUGCCCCAGAUCCGAUACCCUGUACUUGGGGGAUCAGCUCUCAUCACUUUUGAGGAUCCUGAAGUUGCCAGGAGGGUCAUCCAAAUGGGACAGCAUUGCAUUCAGCUAGAUGAAUGGAGCUAUGUCCACGUGAAGGCUGAAGCUAUGACAUUGUUGCUGCCCUCAUUCUUAAAGCAGAUCUCCCUGAAGCAGAGUUCCCAGCAAGUGCUAUUAUCUGGAUUGUCUGCCUUCUCUGUACCCAAAGACCAGCUCUACGACAAGCUAGCUCUGUUUUUCAGCAAACGGAAGAACCAAGGGGGUGAAGUGGAUCAUUGGGAACAACUCACAAAUUCAGAUAAUAUAGUGCUGACUUUUGUGGAUGAUGGAGUGGCUCAGCGGAUUGUUGAAAAAGGGCUGUUCCAGGUGCCGCUUGGAAAGGUGACCCAUCAGAUCAAGGCAUCACAUUGCUUACAUGGGGAAAUUGCAGAUUUACAGCUCCAUCCUUCUUUCUGCGCUCGUACCGUCCUGCUGACAGAGAUUCCAGAUGUCUUAGGGAGGGAGCUGAUGUGUGAAGCUCUGGAGAUCCAUUUCCAGAAGCAAAGCAAGGGUGGAGGAGAGGUAGAAACUGCUGUGUACAUUCCAGCUGGACAUUAUGCAGUAGCUGUUUUUGAGGAGGAGGACUGAUUCUGCAUGCCAAAGCUAGAACAGAUGUUAUUUCAGUUCUGAUACAGCUGAAAAGAAGCACAUGGAACAUGCUUAUAUCUCAGGGAAGAGGGAUGAAAUUUUGAUUGCUUGAACUGAGGAUUAGUGGAAUGAGAUAGAAACUGAUGAACUGGUAUCAUUAGGGAAUGGGGGGGGGAUAAAUCCAUUUUGUAGUUUACAUAAUAAAUUGAAAGAUUUUCUGCCACAAUGAUAUCUAUCUUUCAUGUCUGAACUAUGCAUGAUUUGGUCUGUUUUGUUGUUUGUUCCUUCAGUAAUUUUACUGCAUGGCAUUGAAGUACCUGCUAAAUUGUAUUUUUGUGCAGAAUGCAUUCAACAAGAAAAAUGUUCAGAAAAUAAAAAUAAAGACAUGCUGUUCACAAA